GUCGUUGCUUUACACACCUAAAUUGCACCUCCCCAGUUCGAACUUCAUUUUCACAUCAGCAUUUUAAUUUCUAGCAGUUAUUCAAUAUCAUAUCGUGACGAUGAAGCCAUCAUCAGCACCCUGGAUAGAUGAACCCUUUCACCUGAUCACAACUCCUUCGACAUACUUUAGCGAUUCCCAUUCUUACGUCCAUGUCACUUCUGACAUGGCAGAUGCCCACAAUGUUAUUAUACGGGGACUCAAUAUUAUCAUCUAGUAGGCUUCAUAUGUGCCUACCUCGACGAAAAAGACAUAUAAUGCGAAGAAUGUGAAAGACCUUCUCUUCUACGUCCAUUCAUGGUUGGACAUCACCAUUGGGCUGAAGAGUCGUUUAUUUUCCCCGAGAUUGAAAAAGUUGCGGGCCAGCCAGCAUUGAUGGAC